CGGGAUAUCCGGCCGUUCUCCCCUGCGCCCUCCCGCUGUCCGCUGUCCGCCGCCCGCCUCCGCUCCGGCGCCUCCGCCCGGAGCCGGCCACCCCCGAGCGCACGGGGAUCUCCGGUCAGCGCUCCCUUCCCAGACCCUAGCCGGCCCCAAACUCUCAGCCUCCGCCCAUCCCCCCAGCCAGAGCCCGCUUCCCAGGCAGGCAGCCCCCAGGAUCGGCUGGCGCGCAGGCCCCCACCCCCAGAGCACCAUGUUCCCCCGCCCGCUGACCCCACUGGCGGCCCCAAAUGGCGCUGAACCCCUGGGCCGGGCGCUGAGACGGACCCCACUGGGCAGGGCCCGGACCGGGCUGGGGGGGCCUCCCCUGCUGCUGCCGUCCAUGCUGAUGUUCGGGGUGAUCGUGGCCUCCAGCGGGCUGCUGCUCAUGAUCGAGCGGGGCAUCCUGGCCGAGAUGAAGCCCCUACCCCUGCACCCUCCCAACCGUGAGGGUGCAGCCUGGCGUGGACCAGUACCCCGGCCUGGGGGGCUGUCCCUGGAUGCCGGGGACUCGGACUUGCAGGUGAGGCAGGACAUCCGGAACCGCACCUUGCGGGCAGUGUGUGGACAACCAGGCAUGCCCCGGGACCCCUGGGACUUGCCGGUGGGACAGCGGCGCACCCUGCUGCGCCACAUCCUCGUGAGUGACCGCUACCGCUUCCUCUACUGCUACGUCCCCAAGGUGGCCUGCUCCAACUGGAAGCGGGUGCUGAAGGUGCUGGCGGGUGUCCUGGACAGUGUGGACGUCCGCCUCAAGAUGGACCACCGCAAUGACCUGGUGUUCCUAGCAGACCUGCGACCUGAGGAGAUUCGCUACCGCCUGCAGCACUACUUCAAGUUCCUGUUUGUGCGGGACCCCUUGGAACGCCUUCUCUCUGCUUACCGCAAUAAGUUCGGCGAGAUCCGAGAGUACCAGCAGCGCUAUGGGGCCGAGAUUGUGAGGCGGUACCGAGCAGGAGCGGGGCCCAGCCCUGCCGGGGACGAUGUCACCUUCUCCGAGUUCCUGAGGUACCUAGUGGAUGAGGACCCUGAGCGCAUGAAUGAGCAUUGGAUGCCCGUGUACCACCUAUGCCAGCCUUGUGCUGUUCGCUAUGACUUUGUAGGCUCCUAUGAGAGGCUGGAGGCUGAUGCCAACCAGGUACUGGAGUGGGUGCAGGCACCACCCCAUGUCCGAUUCCCAGCUCGCCAGGCCUGGUACCGGCCUGCCAGCCGUGAAAGCCUGCACUACCACCUGUGUAGUGCCCCACGGUCCCUGCUGCAGGAUUUGCUGCCUAAGUAUAUCUUGGACUUCUCCCUCUUUGCCUACCCACUGCCGAAUGUCACCAGGGAGGCCUGUCACCAGUGACCAAGGGUAUGGGCCAGCAGCUGUUGGGGACUGGUUUUGAUAAUGCCAGCUUCUUGUGCCUGCGGUUCAGAGAAACCCUGGCUCUGAGGCCUGGAGCUUCUCCAGAUAUUGUAUGGCAGGGAUUGCCCUUGGAAGUAUUUUAUCCAGGGUGGGUAUCCACUGUGGCUCAGAGGACAGGGUUGGACAGGAGGUCUGGUACUCUCCCAUUGGGGGUAUUUUUUGCAGGCCAGUGUGAUCUUUCUUGUCCUGGCAGAGCCAGAUACCAGUUUGCCAAUGAGGCAACAACACAUCUGUUCUACAGACUGACUCUAGGGAGUGGGCAGUCUACUUGGCACACCUUAACCUGUGGCCAAACCCAGAGGUGCCACCCAUCAGGAACACAACCCUGGGGCUCUGGUCGCCCAUUCAUCCACGAAUUAGCAGUCAUGCCUUACAAAUAACUUUUGUGCCUUUCUGCUUCAGACUCAGAAUUUUCUACACUUGCCAUGUUCUUUCUGUUUUUCCAAGGAAGGGAAAACCGAGUUAGGGCUCUUGCCUAGUAGCUCCAGGACCCAGCCCUGCAGGCAUCCAAAGACCCCUGUGCCCAGCCUCUUCUUGGGGUUCUGAGCACCUCCUCCUAUGCUGCAAGGUUGUGACUAUGGCUGGUGUAUCUGGCUGCCACUUUUCUGACACAUUUAUUUAAAAUUUGUACUUUUUUGAUAGAACCCAUAU